CACAUGAUUUACCUCCAAACUCCAUUUAAGGGAACUGAGGUGAGGUCUCAUAGUUAUUCUACAUGCAGUCAGAUAUGAUUUGGCAAGGUAGGCCUUUCUCAUCUCCAACUAACUUCAUUGACAAGAAACAAGGACAUCAAUAAAAUGGUUAUGUCAGUUGAGAUGGUUGGAUUGCAUCCAGUGAGUGAAUGAUUCUGUUGUCUUCAUGCAGCAUAUUUCCCUUCACAGAUAAUCACAUAACUUCACAGUUAAUACUUUGCACAUGUUAAAGUAAUUGCUUGUGUAAUAGAUUCAAAUCUGACAUAUUUCAAUAGAAAGAACAAAGAAAAGGUACCUUUUGACAUACUGGACUUGGUUUCCCCCUUUACCCUUUAAUGAAUGAGAACUCCACUUCCUCUUCAUUCUCUACAUUGGUGACAAAGGUGGUCUCUGGCCUCUGUUGGAAGAGCGCCCCUGUUUGUAUAGGGGUUUGUGUGGAGGACAGAGAGGAGUAAUUAUGAAGCCUUGUGUGUAAACAUUUACAUAGGGGGUGAACGAUUUAUACUACAGUAGGUGAAUCCGUCCAUGUGCAUGUAAAUAUUUGCACAGGUGCCACGGCUGUAUUGGAACAAGGACUGGUAGCAUGCUGUUGUCAUGUGCAACAGAUCCCUAACAGACAAGGUUACUAAGAAUUUAACUGUUUGGAAUAAUAGUGUCGUAUAACAAAUGUGACCUCGGGGAACAAUCUAUUGUUGUCUCUCACCUUUGCCCAACCGCUCCAAGGCCAAGAGUUCUGAUAUUUUCCGCUGGCACAACCUGUCAGCCUCACAGACAAAGACCAAUAAAUCAUCAGCAUAACUGUACUGCUGUGCCCAUCCAUUCGCCCACCCGCUCCCAUCUGACCCAUCUCCGCUUUCCAGCAGGUCAACACUAGAUUCCCCUCUGGCUGCAUGUCACCAUAAUGUAUUAUAACUGUGCCACACGUUGCCUAACUGCUAUCUAUAGCCUCUGCUAUUCUCGUAGCUGUGAAUAGCAAUACAAACAGUGGAUACCCUGUCAAGUGCAUCUGCUCUGCACAGAGGAAAGGAAAGGGGGGGAUUCGGUCUAGCUGCUACUGUACCUAAAGGAAAUAUCAUCAUGGAUAAAAUGUCAUGCUAGGACAUGAGAUAUUUUGAUCUGACUCAGCACUUCGUCACUCUUGACAAAUGCAAAUGUGCUGUUUGAACACUUCAGUUGAGGCGAUGGAGCCAAGCAGCUGCCCUGGCUCAGGGACCGACAGUGACAAACCUGCCCUCGGCAAGCCUUUGGACUCAGGGAUGGACAGCCUGAAAGUGAGAGUUGACGGGAGCGUUUUUGUGGUGAACAAAGCCCUACUCGAGCAGCACUGUGAGUACUUCCGAGCUCUCUUCCAGUCGGGAAUGCGGGAAUGCCAACAGGAUGAGGUCCAUCUGCAAGGACUGAGCGCCCGGGGAUUUGUGUUGGCGCUCCGGGUCCUGGACGGGGAUCGCCCCAUCCUGGGUGGUGACGAGAUCGUGGAAGCCAUAGAGUGUGCCACCUUUCUACAGGUGGAGUCUGUGACAAAGCACCUGACCAAUAUCAUCAACUCAGAGAACUGCUUGUUGAUGUACCACAUGGCCGCGACCUACGGUUUAUGGGAUCUCUCCCAUCAAGCUGCUUUAUUCAUUAAAGACAUGUACUCGGACCUGAAGGAGGAUGUUGUGAGCACCUUACCAGAAGACCUAGUGGAGUACGUUGAGUCUCUCAUCCCCAGUCGGUAUGUCACAGUCUGCAGCCACUCUCCUACCGUCGAGCAGGUCCAAGACUGUCAGAGGACGGUCUGCUACCUGGAUGACGAAGAUAGAGAAUGGAAGGUGCUGAGUCACCUACCCUUAAACACAAGCACCACUAUGGCAGGUGUGACCGUGCUAGACAACAAGCUGUACAUUAUAGGAGGCGUCCACGACGUCAGCAAGAAAGUUGUGGACUCUGGCUUCUGCUACGACCCAGAGAGUGACUCCUGGUCCACUAUUUCGAGUCCCCAGCAGCCACGCUACAACUUUACGUUAGUGGGCCACGAAGGCUGCCUCUACGCCAUCGGUGGGGAGUUCGACCGGAAGUCCAUGGCAUUGGUGGAGAAGUACAGUGUCUCCACGGCCACCUGGCGCUGCGCCGCUAAUCUCCCCUGCAGAGCCGCCAACGUGGCCUCCACCAAAGCCAUGAGCCGCAUCUUCAUCUGCCUCUGGAAACCCAAGGGCGUUACGGAGAUCCACGAGUACGUCCCUGAGAGGGACCAAUGGGUCCUGGUCACCACGCUAGUCCGUGACCAGAGCUAUGGCCACUGCAUGGUGGGCCACAGGGACAAUUUGUAUGUCAUGCGCAACGGGCCCUGCGAAGACUUCCUGAUGUGUGUGAUGGACUGCUACAACCUGACUACGGGUCAGUGGACAGCCUUGCCGGGGCAAUACGCAAACAGUAAAGGAGCCCUGUUCACAUCGGUAGUAAGAGGGGACUCAGUGUUUACCCUCAACCGCAUGAGGACGACGGAGUUCGCCGUGGAGGAGUACAGAUGGAAAACCAAGAGAGAGACCAAGGGCUUCGGGCGAAUCGGCUCCAUGUACACGUUUCUCAUGAGACUGCCCAAGGCCAAGACUGUGGGAAACACUGAGGUGUUGACGGACGGGCUGGAGUUUGGGAAUCGGAUCGACCACAGACGCAGAGACUCUCUGCUACAAUGCUUUGACUGACUUCCUGUGAAUAAGUUUAGUCUUUUAAUAUCUCCUGACAAUCCAACAACAGGACAAUGAACUAGAAUGCUUUGACUGACUUCUUGUGAAUAGGUUUAGUAUGUUACUUAAGCCACUUUUAGUAGGCAAACGUGAAACGUUGCAGAAAGAAAUGUCAUGAAUAUAGCUGACGAUUCCUUUUUCUACAUGUCAGAGAGGCAUGUUUGUUCUUCAUAGCAUAUUUCUAUCUGAAUAUUACACAGCGUUGUGCCGUUCUGAAUGUACUCUUGCGGUCUCUCUCUACAAAUCAACAAAUGAGCUAAAGAUGUAAAUGUCAGAGACAACAGUAAUUUGUAAACAUUAAAGUUUGCUUCAUUCAUGACAAGUUGGAAACUCGGAACCUCUGAGUUAAAAUUAAUUAACUUAUUGGUUGAUUUGGAUACUUUCCAAGUGGGAAAUAUCAGUUUCCUAGUUUCCACAUGUCAUGAAUGCAGCAUAUAGUUCUUGAGAACGGCAGCGUAGCCUAGUGGUUAGAGUGUUGGACUAGUAACCGUAAAGGUUGCAAGAUCAAAUCCCUGAGCUGACAAGGUACAAAUCUGUCGUUCUGCCCCUGUCGUUCUGUUCUUAGGCCGUCAUUGAAAAUAAGAAUUUGUUCUUAACUGACUUGCCUAGUUAAAUAAAGGUAAAAUAAAAAAUAAAUGUGUUGCCUCAAGUAGCCUUCUGGGUAAUUUGACUCUGUAUCCAAGUAAAGUGUACUAUAAUCAAGUGAUUCAUUACAUUGAGUUGACACAGCCCUAUCAGAGAGCUCUUUCCAUGAAAGCCAAACACAUGUUCAGUAAUGUACGUAAAGACUGAAAUCCUUUCCUGUUUUUACAACAAACAAACCAUUUAUAACCCAGGCUCAGGUCCCCAAGGCAUUCGUUGCUAGAGAACAGGGUAAGAUAAGCCUGGCAGUGUUCACGCUGUACAAUAAAACAUUUCUGUAACGAGUGCAUGUUUGCUGCCGUCUCGGGACAGGUAUCCCUUGAAGGAGAGAUUUGUAUUCUCCAUGGGAACACCUGUGUAAAUACAGGAUGAUAGGAGAAUUCAAAUGAACAGAUUGUCUUUGGCAGAAGAUAUAUGAAAUAAUUGUCUUUUUAAUGAUCAAAUAAAACACUGUUCAAAUAAUGUGUUAA